AGUGGAUGAAUUCAUCAAGAGGAGAGCUGACACUGAGUGGUUUCUAGAGGGUGACUUUGAAACCUACACAGGGCAAAUGAGAAAGCCUCACAUAUGGGGAGGAGAGCCUGAACUUCUCAUGUCCUCUCAUGUUUUACAGAUGCCAAUAAGAGUGGUGAUGCAAGACAAGAAAAAUGGAGGGGUGAAGGUAAUAGCAGAAUAUGGGCAAGAGUAUGGGAAGGAGAGCCCAAUCCAACUGAUGUAUCAUGGCUAUGGUCACUAUGAUGUACUCAAGACUCCUCCUCCUUCUUCUUCCUUCUCUCACUCCUAAACUAACAUCUUCUUCUAUAAGGAUUAACUUUACAACAUCUAUAUUGGUAGGAUUCUACAUCACUCUCUCUUUAACAUGCACUCUCACUUCAAAUUCUCUUCUCUGUUUCUAUCAAUUUGUAUCUAGCUAUCAAGCAAAUUGGUUCUAAUCUAA